AUGCCACCUCCGCCUCGUACCUACGGGAAGAAAAGGAGCUUCUUUGGAUCUCUGGGCUCCCGACACCGCUCCAGGGCCUCGACUGAUUCUCUGCCGGCCAAGAACCCGGAUCAUGGUUCACCAUGCGUGAAUACCUCCUACGACACCGUGAAGCACAGCACCAGGUCGCAGAAGAAUGUCCAAGCGGCCAGCAUUGAUGAUAUUGCGAGCGCCUUACUCGAUGACAGCGACUCAGAGAUGCCAGCAGAAGAAGAGGCCAUGCAACAGUCAGAGAGUGGCAUUCUCGACUCCCCAACUUCUACUGCUUUUGCUUCUGCAGCCCAAGUAGGAGAACAGCGCACCUCUUCUUAUUCGCCGAGCACUUCGAAGGAACGAACAACUAGCAACAGCAGAGGCUACCGGCCAGGCGCUCCUCGAGUACAGAAGACAUCGCCCAACAAUUUUACGAAACCGUCCAGGCCUCGUGGCAACUCAACCGCGUCUCCCAAGCGCAAAGACUAUAACUUGAUCCGCCCUCUCGCAGAUCCCGCGAAAAAGACUACCAAUCGUUCCUCAUAUAUCGUCUUGAAAGACUCGGAAACGGUUUGCCUUCUUCCCCAUAACGUCAUGGACGGAGCUCCGGGAAUCCUCGUACAAGGCGACAAGGCCAGCCAAGGCUGCGCUGUCCCGGCGAGUGCCGAUGAGAUUCAGGAGAAGGUGUGUGCCAUGUUGGCUGCAACCGAUGCUUUGAAGCCGUCGCCUUCUCAGUCUCAGCCAAAGAAGUCGCCCGCCUCCAAAGUGAAUCGCAUGACGCCUUCACGAAUGCUGGCCAAGGUGUCAAGUGCGUGGGACAGAUGGCAGGUGAAAUCGUCCAACACAGCAGCAGCAGCAAAACCGCGUGCCAAGCUCACGAAGCAGCCUAUUCGUGAUGACCCCAACGGUCCUUUGACUUCCCACCCGGUGUUUCACACGCCGCCUGUCCGAAGAUCCUCUUUCAUUGACACCAUUGAGAUACGUCUCAACGAAGGAGACAACCUCAAUAGAAGAAAGGUGCAGCAAAUGGUGGGGGGUCAUGUAGCUCGCAAGCCUGUUGCCAAUGACGGAAAGGCCCUCAGGAGUGGCCGAUCCAUGGACGAGGACCCUUUCGCUGAGCCUGCCCCUUAUCUUCGUCCAGGUGUGGUUGAGAAUCGCGCAACGAUGAAACUCAUGCUUGGACCCAGUGUAUCUUCUCUCCUCAUCAUUGACCCCUUUGAAGCCGAAAAGGGGUUCGAGAGUAAUCUCGAAGAUAGGAUUUUGAGCUCUUCCCCUGUCUGUGCAUCAACACCCCGAAUCCAUCUUCACAGGGUUCAGACCCCGACAGACGGGGUCAAUGUCGACGAGCAUUGCUCGAAAGGGCCGACGCAAAUGAGCCUCGAAAGGAUGACCACUGACUCCGAAUACUCAUCUCAAGAGGCGGGGUCCUUCAGAAAAGCCGCAGAUCAGGAGGUGCAGCUGAGGCGAUUGCCGAAUACUGAUCGCAUUGCCGUCGGGUUUCUGCGAGACGCGCCAUCCUUGGAUGCUUGCCAUGUCAAAUGGUCAAAGAAGCACCCAUCGCCGAGCAAGAGAGAUCUGGAAGAGCUCGAAAUAGCCUUUCGAUGUUAUAGUGAGCUUAAGCGACGCGGAAUUGGUGAAGAAGCAGAUGAGCUCGCGGCACACUAUACGCCCUCGGCUCGAUAUCUGUCCCCGCGAGACACGAAUAGGCUGAUGAGGACGCGUGAAGAGGAUGCCAAGUCCGUGCCUGCCUGUGAAGCCCAGUCACCGGCCAGGUCCCACAUGCGACGCCCAACUGACGAAGUGCGACGCGGUCAGCAUAUUCGCCUUGCUCCCAUCUACCGGCCAGCGGUCCCGCACUCUGACGAGAUUGAUGAGCUGCAGUAA